UAGGGUGAGUUCAGAGGAGCUUACAGACUGGAGCAGACCUCUUUCAGUCGUACUUCAGUUUUCCACUCGUCGUAGUCAGUGUGCUCUCUAGAAACUCCAUUGGGAGCGCGCACUCUGUCCAUACAUGCUGACACUUGUCCGCUGGUGAGAUGGACGUCAUUCCUAUGUGCAGCAUCUUCCAGGAGCUCCAGAUCGUGCAUGACACCGGAUACUUUUCAGCUCUACCGUCACUGGAGGAGUACUGGCAGCAGACAUGUUUGGAGCUGGAGCGCUACCUCCAGAGCGAGCCGUACGUGUCUGCUUCAGAGCUCAAGUUUGAGAGUCAGGAGGACUUGUGGAGCAAGCUGAUGUUGGCAUGCGGCGACAAGAACGCCGACCCCAAGCUCAUCAAGGAGGAGGACGACCACCAGCACCUGGACGUGGGCUGCUUCCACUCGGAUGCCAGCAGCGAGGCGUCGGACAGCUCCGAGGAGCUCUCCCCCGCCCUUGACUUCCCCUCAGGUUCCUUGGCGGACAUUCUGGGCGACGGCGCAGAGGAAUUGAGCGCCACCGUCAUUGGCACGCCGCCGUCCUCCCCCGAGCUGGCCAAGGAAGGCUCGCCGGGGCAGGCGUGGGCCGGCAUACAAACUGUGCUGCAUGCUGCCGGGAAAGGCAGGACGGGUGGUGGCGGCGGAGGAGGCGGCGGUGGCUUGGAGAGGGCGGGGCUCACCAGUGGGGAGGCGUCGCCUGAUGGGAGGAGGCGUGUCCACAGGUGUCUGUUCAACGGAUGCAGGAAGGUGUACACCAAGAGCUCGCACCUGAAGGCACACCAGCGCACGCACACAGGUGAGAAGCCGUACAGGUGCUCGUGGGAAGGCUGCGAGUGGCGUUUUGCGCGAAGCGACGAGCUGACGCGUCACUUCAGGAAGCACACUGGAGCCAAGCCAUUCAAAUGCAGCCACUGCGACAGGUGUUUUUCCCGCUCUGACCACCUGGCGCUGCAUAUGAAGCGCCACAUCUAAGGUGCCGUCGGCGUGGAAGGCCCUGUGGGAUGAAUCGGGCGGAUGUUUCCUGACCUGUGCGGCAUCAGCGAGGCCGGCGUGUCCCCCCGCCCACAUGGGGGGGCGGGACCGCGGCGUUCCACUCAGUGGAAAAGCAGGAAGGAAGAGAAGAAGUCAAGGCAGGCUAUCAUUUGCACCGUGCUCAGUGCCUCGCUGUGGAGACGGCUCUUGAACGAUGUAGUGAGGACGGGAAGAAAUUCUUCUGUAUGGCUUUUUUAUUCCCCCCCCCUCCCCACCAUGGAGGAUUAUGGGAGUGUUGCAGGUGGGGGGUGUGCGUGUGUUUGGACUGUGAUGGAUGCCUGCCAUGGAGCGUGCAUGUGGACGUGCGCGUGAAUGCCGUCUAUUGUCUGCGAGUGAAUGCAGAGAGAAAGCAUAGGAGGGAGGGGCUUGUUUGUUUGGUUGCAAAAAAAAAAGUGUCUCCCCCCCACCCCUCGGCCUGGAGGUGAAACUACAGCUCCUUGCUUAUUUUGAAAAAGAAAAAAAAAAGAGGCAAAAGGUGUUUUUUUUUAAGUGCAGCUAAUAAAUGUGCAAUGUAUAACGUAGUCUGAAAACAUACACACUAUAAAGCUCAUUUUGUCAUCCGUGCCAUGACACACAAACUAUGUACACUCGCAGUGACACCACGUUUUUUUUACUCAUGAAAAACUGUCGCUUUUUGGGGCACGUUUUAACGACGACUGCGAGCCUGGAAAUGAUUGAAUACAACAAUAUACUUGACAACCAAUGUUUGAGCACGGCUUGGUGGGGGUCUCUACUAGACGUGUGCUCGUACACGCACGCAAAUAAGUGUAUUACCUUUUUUUUUUUUUAAAUCUGAAACUUUAAAAUGUAAAAAAAAAAAAAAGUUUAUCUUCUGCAGUUGGCAUCUUAACUCUUGUUUUUUUUUUUUGUUUUUUUUUUGAAGAACAAACUUGUCGGUUUGGUUUUUUCGGGAGGAUGCGAACUACUAAACUACUUCGUACUAUUGGACUUGUGCAAUGUCACCUUAUUGCUAAGCAUAAUUGGCCUCCAAAAUACUACGUCAUUAAUAUGACUAGCACUUUUUACUUGGAAAAUGCAAUAUUUUCGACAAAAAAACAUGAAUUAAUUAACCCUCUAAGCCACAUGUGUAAAACUCGUGCCAUCGAGGUCCGAGACACUGCAGGUUUUCUCUCUCCAACCAGUUUUUCCAGCAGGUGAUUCAAUUCAUGAGCUCCUUCCCUCAAAUUGAAGGUGGUGGUGGUCAUUAAAAUCACCUGCUUUUGUAAGCAGCUGGAAAGAAAACCUGUGGUGUCUCCAUGGAGUUUGACACGCCUCCUCUAAGCCUCUUUCGUACAGAAAUCCUGCAAAAUUGACGCAUCAGAGCCGUAACAGAAGAUCUCACAUUUUUUCAUCUGUGCAUGUUAUCAUAGUAUCACCAUAUCCGUUCCAAUUCUAUGAAAAUACAGUAGAUUCUUGCUUUUGGGGGAGGGGGUUACAAUCUGGGACCAGCAGCGAAUAUCAAAUAAGUGACUAAUUGAGACGGCCAUAAACACUUCUAGCCUGACGUUCUCCUUUCUCGAUUUUGGGUCAACAUUUGCAAUAAAAGUGACUUGUAAUUAUCAGAUUAGAUUCAGCUUCAGAAGCCUCCCCUUCUGUCUUCAAUUGCUUGAUUCAUUGUUCAGUAGCAACACAAUUCAGGGUUGUGCCGUAAAUAGGCCUCACACGUACUUACAGCAUAAAAUGUCUAGGUACUCACUACUAAUGAGUGAUAAUGUAAGAUGAUCAAUGACCGUUGAAAGCUGGUGGUUCUGUAGCCAAACGAACACAACUACGGCACGUUACAGGGUUGCCGAAACAAGUGCGACAUCCCAGCGCAUGAUGAAAAAACAUCAGUGAUGCGUAAAGACACAAAUGUAAAAAUUGUGGGCUUUAACAGUGGUACAUGUAUGCUGUACAUUUGACCUGUAUUACAUAUUUGUACAUUCUUACCGACUUAGGGUGAAUGAGAUACAUUUUCUGCAUUAAAAAAUACCAGCCUAUUUUCGGUGGAAAAAAAAUUGAAAUACAAUUAUUUUUUGACCAAAAAAUGAACAAAUUUGCAGGGCCAUAAAUGCUGAAUCUGAAUUAGCACUGUAGUCCCGGUACUACAGUCAUACUACACCACUAAUGUGUCCCACAUGAUUUUUGGGUAUCGCCAACUAGUGGACUGGCAUGCAUGCUACACUUUUUUCCCUCAUAAUUGGGAUCAGUUUUGUUCAAUUUCUGAUGAGAAUUGAUCAUUUUUGAUCAAGUGUACAUUUACUCUCACAGUCACAUGACUUUUGGUGACUUUUUUUCCAAACGUUUCCCAGAGAGAAAGUCUCAGUUUGUGGUUGUCAUGUAAACGUCUGGUUGCAUGGGGGGAAGGGUGUAAAAGAGCAGCUACCUUCAUCUUGUAGAAGAUGAUGUAUGUUUGGGAAUACCACUUAUGUUGCUUGGCAAGUGUCUUCAUGGCGGCUUCCUUUUUUUGUUUCCUUUUAGUUUAUUUUUGUUGUAAAUGCACUGUUGACCUUACUGAUGCCUUAUGUAAGUGGCCUUGUCCUCUUCUACAUACAACACACACACACACACACAGAAUAGCUUUACACCAUACAUUUCCUUUUGACCCCGCCACAAUAAAACAACAUAACGACAGACAUGUUUUAUAUUUGUUGUUUUGAGUCAUGUGAUGCAGUGGGCUGUGCAGGUUUACUACCGUGUAGUGAACGUGAUUGUCGUCCUGCCUGAGGAUUUAUUGAUGAGGUGUGAGUCAGCGUCUCGGCCACCAGACAACCGGCUUGACCGGUUUAAGCGCUGACACAAAGAACGUGGCGACACGCAGCCUUCUUGUCGCAACAUUUGUUUUUGGGGGUUUUUUACACUGAGAGCUUGACAAUUUUAUAACAAGGUUCUAUAUCCAAAGGGGACCAAAAUGUGGCUGUUGUUUCAAAUAAUAAUAAUAAAUUGCUUGUGUUCCAUCUCUCAUCAUCCUUGUAGAAAAAAACAUGUUGAACUUUCCUGAGGCUAGAAUAUCCAAGUAUUAUUUUUUUAUUUGCCAUGUGACUUGUUUGUGUCAAACAUGCCAGAAGCUUCAUUUUUUUUUCCUUUGUUGCCAUAACGUUUCGUUUUGUCUUUUAUGUAUGAAUGUAUUUUCUAUGGGAAAGUCCAUAAAAAAAGCUUUUAUUGGA